AUGGACGCUCAAAGCUUUAAAGAGUUCGGCAAGGCUGCUUUGGAUUUUAUCGCAGACUACAUGGAAAAUAUACGCGACAGAGACGUUUUGCCUUCAGUCAAGCCGGGCUACCUAAUCGAUCUCCUGCCAAAAGAGAUGCCAGAAAAACCGGAGCAAUGGCAAGAGGUACUGCAAGAUAUCAACAAAUAUAUCAAACCAGGCAUCACGAACUGGCAGUCACCAAAUUUCCAUGCCUUCUACAUAAGCGGCUGCUCCUACCCGUCUAUGGUGGGCGAAAUGCUGUCUGCCGCUUUCAGUGUAAUCGGCUUUCAUUGGCUUUGUAGUCCUGCCUGCACUGAGUUAGAGAUGGUUGUCAUGGACUGGUUGGCGAAAUUUCUCAAGCUACCUGCCCAAUUUCUACACUCCACUGAAGGGCCCGGAGGUGGCAUCAUGCAGGGAUCCGCCAGCGAAUCUGUGCUCGUUGCUGUUAUGGCGGCACGCGAGCAAACAGUGCUUCGUGUAAAAGCCGAACAGCCGGCGUUGAGCGAAGGUGAGAUACGUGCGCGUCUCGUCGGCUAUUCCAGCGAUCAGAGCAAUAGCUGCAUUGAAAAGGCCGGUGUGCUUGGCACGGUUCCCUUACGGCUGCUAGCUGCCGAUGAGAAUCAAAUAAUGCGCGGUGCUCAUUUGGCGAAAGCAGUGAAGGAAGACUUGGCUAACGGACUCAUACCCACUAUCUGCAUUGCGACUAUUGGUACGACAGGGACUUGUGCCUACGACGACAUUGAGACUCUGGCGUCCGUCUGCGAGGAGCACAACAUCUGGCUGCAUGUGGAUGCCGCUUAUGCCGGCGCUGCUUUAGCGCUAGAUGAUCACGCGCAAUUGCGUCGUGGGCUUGAGCGAGUGGAUUCGCUCAACUACAAUCUGCACAAGUCGAUGUUGGUAAAUUUUGAUUGCACAGCAAUGUGGAUGCGUGACUCAAAUCGCGUUGUGGACAGUUUCAAUGUGGAUCGUAUUUACCUGCAGAGCAAAUACAAUGGACAAACGGAUAUUCCGGAAUUCCGACACUGGCAAAUUCCGCUGGGACGCCGCUUCCGCGCACUCAAAGUGUGGCUCGUCUUCCGCAUUUUCGGCGCCGAAGGCUUGCGUGAGCACUUGCACAAGCAACUACGCUUAGCAAAACGUUUCGAGCAGCAUGUGCUAGCAGAUGCACGCGUGGAAUUGGUGGCUAAACGCUCAUUGGGAUUGGUUUGCUUUCGAGUGAAGGGAGACAAUCAGUUGACCGCAGAUUUACUGCAGCGCAUAACGGACCGUAAGAAGCUUUAUAUGGUGCAGGCAUCAUUUGGUGGCAAGGAUUUCAUACGCUUUGCUGUGUGUGGCAUGGACCCGAAAGAGGAAGAUAUGGACUUUGCAUGGCAUGAAAUCGAAGGACAGCUAAAUAAGCUACUUAGUGAGGAGAAGGGAAAGAAAAUUGAGGCGAUAACAGUGAAUGCGCAUGAUACACAGCAAAAAGAUAAUGAGGAUGGUAUAAGCCAACAACUGAGCUCAGGUCUGCAUAUAAGUUUGGGAGCGGACGAGAGAGCUCCAUGA